GCAACCCCUAAACACAGGGCAGAUAGGGAGGGACUGACACACAAAGUUGCUGAGAGAUAACAAGAGUUGGUUUCAGGAUGCCUGCGUACUCCACCAACAUGAGGCUGAAGUUCCCCAUCCUGGCCUUGACUUUGGAGAUUAUCACCAUCAUCCUCUUUGCUCUGUUUGUGGUCUAUGAUGAUGGGAAGGAUCACCAUGAUGACCACCAUAAUAAUAAUGGCACUCAAAAAUCUCCUUUGGAUCUCUACCCUAUGUUUCAGGAUGUCCACGUCAUGAUCUUCAUCGGCUUUGGGUUCUUGAUGACGUUCCUCAAGAAAUAUGGGUUCAGUAGUGUGGGCAUCAACAUGCUGCUGGCUGCCUUCGGUCUCCAGUGGGGGCUCCUCAUGCAGGGACUCUGGCACAUGGAUAAUGGCAAGAUUAAAAUGAGCAUCUUCAAAAUGAUCAAUGCAGACUUCAGCACAGCUACAGUCCUGAUCUCGUUCGGUGCUGUUCUGGGUAAAACCAGCCCUGUGCAGCUCCUCAUCAUGACCAUCUUGGAGAUCACCAUCUUCUCCAUCAAUGAGCAUCUGGUGGUUGAAAUUCUGAAAGCUAAUGAUGUUGGAGCAUCAAUGAUAAUACACGCUUUUGGAGCUUACUUUGGCUUGGCGGUGGCUCGGGUUCUUUAUAGACCUACAUUGAGAAACCGACAUGAGAAUGAUGGAUCUGUUUAUCAUUCCGAUAUGUUUGCAAUGAUUGGAACCGUUUUCCUGUGGAUGUUCUGGCCCAGCUUCAACUCAGCCAUCGCUGACCCAGGUUACACUCAGCUUACUGCAGUGAUCAACACCUAUGUCUCUCUGGCUGCCUGUGUGCUCUCUGCUUACGCUGUCUCCAGCCUGGUAGAGCACAAAGGAAAACUGGACAUGGUGCACAUACAGAAUGCCACUCUGGCUGGUGGCGUUGCAGUGGGAACUUGUGCCGACAUGCAGAUCCAGCCAUUUGGUGCUAUGCUGAUUGGUUUAGUGGCCGGUAUCAUUUCCACUCUGGGCUUCAAACAUCUCUCUCCGAUCCUGUCAUCCAACCUGGGUAUCCAGGACACCUGUGGAGUCCACAACUUGCACGGGAUGCCUGGCAUCCUUGGAGGACUAGCUGGCAUUGUUGCUGUGGCUUUGGGGAAGGCGGAAAAAGGCUCUGCAGCCAUGCAAGCUGCUGCCCUGGCUUCGUCCCUCGGGUUCGCUCUGAUUGGAGGUGCUAUAACUGGGCUUAUAAUGAAGCUGCCUUUCUGGGGACAGCCUCCAGACCAGAACUGCUUCGAUGACUCUCUUUACUGGGAGGUUCCUGAUGAGGAGGAGGAGAACGAAGGAUGUCUGGCUGCUGCAGAAAACUCAAAGAACAAAGCAGAAGCUUGAAUGUCGGCAUAUUGUCCCUUUAGAUGAAAAGGAAGAAACAGAGGGUUUUCUUUUACAAGUUUUAAUGGUCAGACAUAUUAUUAUGAUCUGAGAAUCUAAAUUUAACACCACUUUAAUGUUAUUUUUACAUGUUCUGUGUACAAAGAUAUCUACUUCCUUUAAAAAUAUUAACAAGAAACGACAUACUUGGCAGAUUUCAAAUCAAAAAUGAAUCAUUUUAUUCAAACAAGCAGAAAUACUGGUUCAUCCAAAUUAUAGGGAAGCUAGAAAUUACAAUUUACAGGUUUUCACGAAGUAUUUCAUAACUAUUAAAGCAAUCAAAGCAGGUGACUUCUUUCCUUCCCUGCUGCAAUGUAGCUACUCUUUUAAGCUUAUGUUAAAAUAUUUUUUGUAUUUCAAGGAUACUACAUGUAUUUUUCUUGACAUAUGCAUGUCUGCAUAAACCUUUGGAUGAAAAGAGGAGGUCUUUUCUCUGCUGCUUCACAUGACCUCACUGGAGCCCGGUCCUUGUGUGAGGAGUUAGAGUCCAACAGCUCUGACUCGGGCUGGGAUGGUCCCUUCGCCUUAUAACUAAUGAGCCUUUAUAUGUCUUAUCUUCAAUCACUUUCCAAGCAUUUGCUGUUUUUCUGAGGACUAUUGUACCAUUUGUUAAUGAAAUGCAUGUUACAGGCAUGAGCUGGGUUUCAUUUUUUCAGUUUUUUCCCCCGUAUUUUUACAUGUACAUACAGUUUGUAUAUGGAGCGACAUGGUCAGUUUUAUCAAAGCUAACAAUGGCAACUGGUACUGAGAAUUAGAAUUUUAUUUUCAUCUUAUUUUACUCAUCUUGUCUGUUCUCUAUUAACAGGUUGCUGUAAGGUUCUGUCUAAAUCUUUAAGAAAACUAAAAAUGCAACAAGCCUCGUGUUUUUUUUCACAGUAUAAAAGCUUCUCCUUUUGUUUGAAGUGCUUUUUAUUUGUACUUCAAAAUGUUACACUGAAGGCUUGAUAAAACUGACUACGAAGAGGAUUUAUCAAACAUUUGCAACGUUGUUUAAUUGUCUGUCAUGCCUUAAGCCACUGAUAUUACAAUAUAUGUUGCUUCUGAUUUCUAUACAUUGGGCAUUUGCUCCUACUUGUACAAUAUACUAAUGCAGUCAUAUAAAAAAACAUUUCUACAAUAA